AGAGCCGGAGGGACUCGGACACCAAUGCCUCUAGCAAUAGCAAACCUGUUACCUUCAGCCAAGCAUCCAACUCUUCACACACUGAGCAAACACCUCCGUCCUCAGCUUCUCCUGUAUUCACGGCGAACAAGAGCCGGAGGGACUCGGACACCAACACCUCUAGCAAUAGCAAACCUGUUCCCUUCAGCCAAGCAUACAACUCUUCACACACUGAGCAAACACCUCCGUCCUCAGCUUCUCCUGUAUUCACGCUGCCAUGAAGAUAGCUUCAUUCAACGUCCAGAGGUUUGGAACCAGUAAAGUUUCAGAUCCAGAGGUUCUUCACACUCUGGUCCAGAUUGUGUCACGCUAUGACAUCAUCGUGAUCAUCGAAGUGGUGGACAUCAGUGGAGUGGCGGUCAAAUCCCUCCUGGACGCCAUCAACACGAGCUCCAGGAAACACCACUACAGUGUUCAGAUCAGCUCUCGUCUGGGAAGAACUCGCUACAAGGAGCAGUACCUCUUCCUCUACAGGGACGACCUGGUCGACAUGGUGGAUUUUUAUCAGUACGACGACGAAGAGACAGUGAAGGAAGACAUCCUCGCUCGAGACCCGUACAUCCUCCGCUUCCGAUGUCAUAAUACAAUCAUCCAGGACCUGGUUCUGGUCCCAGUCCACACUAAACCCCAGGACUCUGACAAGGAGCUGGACCAGCUCUAUGACGUCUUCCUCCACAUGAAGGCCAAGUGGAAGACUGACAAUGUGAUGAUCCUGGGGGAUUUCAAUGCGGACGGUGCCUAUGUCUCCAAGAGAGAGAUGAAGAGCAUUCGUAUCCGUAGUGACCCUAACUUCCAUUGGCUUAUCGCAGACGAUGUCGACACCACGGCCAACACCGGGAACGACCACACUUACGACAGGAUAGUGGUGUAUGGUCAGGACAUGUUGUCGGCUGUGGUUCCUAACUCCGCAAAACCAUUCAACUUCCAGAAGGAGUAUGGACUCACAUACCAACAGGCACUGAACGUUAGCGACCACUACCCCGUGGAGGUUGAGCUGAAGUCCUGCGUUCAGAAACAAGACACCGCUGUUGUCGAGGAUCUGGUGGAUAUACAGAGAGGAAACCUCCUGCUGGAGAGGGAGAAGCUACGUCUGCAGAUCGAGGUGCUGCAGCUCCAGAAAGCAAAGCUGGAGCAUCGUAACUUAGCAACCGAAACCUAACGACCGAUCGAACAUCCUAACCCUACAACCGGAGCAUCCAGACCCUGACAGAAGGCAUUGGAGAUGGCACUCACAUGACAACCAAUGAAGUCAGGAAACAUGAAGAUAAUAAGGCUACACAGCAGAAGUUUAUGCAACUGGAAGAUCUGUGAAAUAUUUCCUUAUGCAUCUUAAAUGGACAUUUAGUGUCAUGGACAUAUGAUAUUGUGCCAAUAGAACCAGCUAGUAGUCUGCAUGUGUAUCAUGAAAUGCAUACAGCCUCAGGCUGACAGAAUUUCUUUACCUCAACAGUAUGCUUAGUUUGUACUGAAUUAACAGAAAACCCACUGACUGAAUAAACUGACAUUAUCCCAAACCAAUAAAAUAACACCAAGAUGAAAAAAAAAACUUUAUUGACAUCUUCUUCACAACAGCAAUACUUUUCAGGAAAAUCAAAAGCUACUUGAGAUUCCAGUAGUUAAUAGAGGAGCAAGUCCACAUUUGCCAGGAGUGUUCCGGACCAGGGCGGCUGACGGCGGCAGGUUGGGCCGUAUGCAUGUAACAGGCCUCUGCUUUUGACUCUUGCAUGUUGAAGCUUCAAGGUCUGGACAACUGAUCUCUAAUAUUUUCCCAGACCCGUCUUGGAACUGUGGGAGGUUGGGCAUGAGGGUGAUAUUCACAGGAAGGGGCAUGGCUGGAACCUGAGACGUCGGUUGCACACCAGGUGGUUGUCAUGGUAGAGUUUGGCUAUCUUACUUCUUGCCUGAUUUCUUGAUACCGCCGCCGGCUGAUGAAGAGAGAGCAAUCGGGUUGAACUAGAUGCACCUUUAAAAAACUAUUACCCAUGUUUAUCCAAGUACAUAUGAAGCA